GGGUGCGGGUACGUUGGGACGUCUUGGUAAAGAAGCAAGUAAGUGGCCGGAAAAGCGACAUACUGUAAAGACGUUUCUUGGUCUCCGCGAUCUCCUGAGUGAGUGAAGGAGCCGACAUGGAUUACUUGAGAAGACACGCGAUUAUUCAUCUUGCGCUUUUUUACACCUUUAUAGAGGUCACCAGCUCGAGUGAUGCCCGACUUCAACGGCUGCUAAAUGAAAACUUUCCAGAAAACAUUCUUCCACAUCACUGGAAACCAGGAGAAAUAGAGCAGAUGACUUGUGAUUUUGAAUCUCCUUGCUCCUGGACCAUGUCUAAUCAUAGCAGCAGGGGGGACUGGCGGGUCUUGACCCCAGAUCAGUUUGUGGCAGACAUGAGGGUGGCAAAGCCCCCAACUGACCACUCGGCCAGAAGUAGUAAUGGUCACUUCCUUCUGUUAACAGCCACUGCAGCAGUGUCAAAGGGCAGCUGCAAGUUUUUCAUAGCCAGUCCUGUUCUAUGGAAUAGUGGGCCACAGUGUCGGCUACAAGUGGCACAGUACCACACACAAGAUGUACUGGGAAAUCUUACAGUCCUGGUCCAGUCAGCAGAUUCAUCUAUCAUCUUGCAAGAUCUUGGUGACUCAUGGCAGGAGAAAAACAGGGAACAAUGGGAUGUGUUCCAAAUUCGCAUUGGUCAGCAUCAAAAACCCUUUGUGGUGAUGCUGCUGUAUUCCACUUGUGGGCUGGAAGACUGGGGUACGCUGGCUCUUGAUUCUCUGCAGCUAAAAGACUGUGACAAAGGUGACAUCAUGGUGGACUGUGUGGAUGGUCUAUCUUUCCAUUGUGACCUGGGUGUUUGCAUAGACAAGUCUAGGGUGUGUGACUUCAACAAUGACUGUCCCCUUGGUGAGGAUGAAGGACAUGUCUGUGACACUCUGCCCCUGGGGUCCCACUGUUCCUUCGAAUCUGGUUCCUGUGGGUGGUCUAUGUCCAAUACUCCGAGCUCCUGGACUCUGGUUAGCGGCAAAGAAUUGAGCACCAGAGACCUGCUGGGAUCUACUCUGCAAAACACCCAAGGACACUUCCUGCUCCUGAGAGUGAGGGAUAAUACUACUGGUGGCAUGGCUGUGGUGCAAAGUCCACCUUUAUCAUUAACGGACCAGAGUCGUCUUUGCCAGAUCCACUUCUCCCUAUAUCUCUAUGGAGAGUUCAAUGGUACAUUGUUGGUGUCUGUGGAGACGGAUGGAACUGUCAUGGUACCCUUUAUCAGGAAAAGGACCGAGCAAGUGAGAGACAGCUGGCAGGACACCACACUGGAGCUUUCCCAUGUCUCAGAUAGAUUCCACCUUAGUGUUAAGGCCCACUGGGGAACAGGUUCCAUAGCAGACAUAGGUUUGGAUCAGGUCACCUUUGCAGUUUCCUGUUUUGAAACAGAUCAGAGGCCAGCAUACCUUAGACACAGAUUUUCACAUGAUGUGGACAAAUUCAAUUAUUUCAAUUUCUUCAGUCCACUACCAGAACCAUCUGCUUCAGAGGUGCCCUACAUGACCUGGUGGUUUACCUCCUGUGGUGCCAGUGGGCCCCAAGGGCCCACUCAAGCUCAGUGUGACAGUGCCUACCGCAAUACCAAUGUCAGCGUGACUGUGGGCAAGGAAGGUCCACUCAGGGGUGUGCAGAUGUGGAGGGUUCCAGCCACCAACCACUACAUGAUCUCCGCUUAUGGGGCAGCUGGAGGCAAGGGGGCAAAGAACCACAAUAAGCGCUCCCACGGAGUAUUCAUUUCUGCCAUCUUUCCCUUGGAGAAGGGAGAUAUCAUCUAUAUCCUGGUUGGACAACAGGGGGAAGAUGCCUGUCCAGGAAGGAACAGAAUGACUCAAAACAUCUGUCUGGGUGAGUCCUCUAUAAUUGAAGAUGGCCUCAGAGGGGACAAGACAACGGUGGAGUGGGCUGGAGGUGGAGGUGGUGGUGGAGGAGCCACCUAUAUCUACCGGGCUGAGAAUGGAGUCAUGGUGCCCCUCCUGAUUGCUGCUGGAGGUGGAGGAAAGUCUUACUUGGAGGACUUUGAAAGAAGUUUAGAUGACAUUCCUCUAGAGCUGUAUGAAAACGACACUGCGGCAUUGGGGACUAAUGGCAACACGGGGGCUGCAGGAGGAGGCGGUGGCUGGAAGGACAGAGCCAACUUCCCAUGGGCUGGGAAAUCUCUUCAUGAAGGGGCAGAGGGGGGAUCAUCCUGUCCCCAAGCAUUGUCCAAACUGGCUUGGGCUACUUUUGGGGGCUUUGGUGGUGGUGGAGGUGCCUGCACUGCUGGAGGAGGUGGUGGUGGAUACAGAGGUGGGGAUGCUGCCCCUACUGAUGAUGUGACUGCAGGUGGACAAGAUGGUAUCUCCUUCGUACACCCCAGGGGGGAGAUCUUCCUCCAACCAUUGGCAGCUAUGGAGAGCCAUGGUGAGGCAGAGAUCAAGGUGCACCUCAACUGCAGCCACUGCCAGUCACAGAGCUGCAAGAGGGAUGAGGAGACCAAGAUCACACAGUGUAUAUGUGACAAUGGAGAGGUGCUGGCCAGCGAUAACAUGACCUGCAUGGUGCCACAAGGCUCCAGUCAAAAGGGUCAUUUGUCUUUGUCCCUCAUCCUGGCCGUGGUAGCCUGUACUGUGGUGACGGGGAUCAUUCUCACCUGUGCCAGCCUCACACUCAUCUACUACCACAAAAAGAACCAGCUCCAUGUUGCCAGAGUGCAUCUGCAGAGCCCUGACUACAAACUGAGUAAGAUUCGAACCUCCACCAUCAUGACAGACUACAAUCCCAACUAUUGCUUUGCUGGAAAAAUCACCUCACUGAACGAUCUGAAAGAGGUGCCCCGCAAGAAUAUCACACUGCUCAGGGCCCUUGGCCAUGGUGCAUUCGGAGAGGUAUAUGAAGGUCAAGUCUUUGGAUUUGGUGGAGACAAUGCUGCCCUGCAAGUUGCCAUCAAGACUCUUCCAGAAAUCUGCUCAGAGCAAGAUGAGAUGGACUUCUUGAUGGAGGCCCUAAUUAUGAGCAAGUUCAGCCACCAGAACAUUGUGCGUUGCAUCGGAGUCAGUCUGCAGACGCUACCUCGAUUCAUCCUGCUAGAACUGAUGACUGGUGGUGACAUGAAGACCUUCCUUCGACAGAAUCGGCCAAAAACCGCUCAGCCCUCAUCCCUUUCCGUGCUAGACCUGCUUCACAUGGCCCGGGACAUUGCUUUUGGCUGUCGCUACUUAGAGGAAAACCACUUCAUCCACAGGGAUAUUGCUGCCAGGAACUGCCUUCUUACCUGCACUGGGCCAGGGAGAGUGGCCAAGAUUGGAGACUUUGGGAUGGCCAGAGAUAUAUACCGUGCAAGUUACUACCGAAAAGGGGGGAGAGCCAUGCUCCCUGUAAAAUGGAUGCCCCCAGAAGCAUUCCUGGAGGGUAUUUUUACCUGUAAAACUGACACAUGGUCAUUUGGAGUCCUGCUGUGGGAGAUCUUCUCUCUUGGCUACAUGCCAUACCCAUGUAAGACCAACCAGGAAGUGCUGGAGUUUGUGACUAGUGGGGGCAGGAUGGACCCUCCAAAGAGCUGCCCCGGGCCUGUGUACCGGAUCAUGACCCAGUGCUGGCAACAUUGCCCAGAGCACAGGCCAAACUUCUGUACCAUUCUGGAGAGGAUCAACUACUGCACUCAAGACCCUGACGUCAUAAACACGCUUCUUCCUGUUGAGCAUGGGCUUCCAGCAGAGGAGGAGGACAACACAGCUGUCCAACCAGAGGGAUCUGUGAGCACAUCACCCCUGCUAGCAAUGUCGUCUGUAACCCCAGAGACCCCAUCUCAGUUCACUGGUUCUUCAAUGGUCCCUCACAGUCAAAAGCCCUUUGUGGUGUUGCAGCACAUGCAGCAGAGGGCACAAGACACAACUGCACCCCAGGAAGUGCUGGAGACAAACUGGGGGGAGCCUGUCUCUACCCCAAGGCCAGAUGCUGGAGCCUCUGUCUACCCAGACCAACAGAGCACUGUGAUGACAUUCUCCUCUGCCAGUCAAAAGCUGAAGAACAAGACCAAGAAUCUCUGGAACCCCACUUAUGGUUCCUGGGUGCUGGAAAGUUUUGGGCAACGCAAGACUGUUCUUUCCCAGACACAGUCCAUGCCCAUGUCAGGCAUGUCAUCAGGCCUGGCAGUCUCCCCCUUCUCCGAACAGGAUGACUCGGGAUUUGAUGGUAAUGGCAGCUCAUCUCCCACUAGUUCUCAUCCCUCUCUAUCUUCCCCAGUUUCCCAAACUUCACCAUCGCCUUCCAACCCCUAUGCCUUACCUAACAUAUUUAUCUGCAAGAGUCCACUUGGGGCCUUAGCUAAUUCCUCACCUGGUGUGGAUUUAAUCAAACUCCAGAGCUUUCCUUGUGGCAAUGUCAACUACGCCUAUGAUGAGCCAAGUUAUCAGCCUGAGAACCUCCCACUAGCAAUAGCUAAGGUAUCUGAGGGUGGUCCAAGCCCUGCCUUCUCCACAUUAGGGCCUGGUGCAAUUGGCUCUGCCUCUAGAUUCAACAGACCUCUGCUGAAGCGCCGUGCCAGCUAUGGACACGAGGAUGUCAAGCGCCAUGCCAAGCCAGAGAAACCUAUUCGUGACAGAGACUCAGGCUUCUCUUUGUCUGAGGACCUGACUGUCACCCCAGUCUAAGAGCACAGAACCUCACUGAAGAAUGUUGGCAUAACUCUACACAAAAGUUCAGGGCUCAGCAGCUAUUUUUAAACCGAAGGCUAUGACUUGUAUUUCAUUUUCUUAUGUUUUUGUUCCUCUCUUGUACCACUUACGACAGUUGUUUGUGAAUAUUGUUUGAAAGCCACUUCCCGCAGACAUCUAUAAAGGUUCCUGAAAUUAAAAGGACAAGAGGGAGAUGUCUCCGAAGGAGUUUAAUGCAUCUACGUUGUGGUUCUCUGUGGAGUCCUGACAUGUUGGCUCAUCUCAAAAUAAAGCAUAAAGGAAAGUGGACUGUAAAGCAUCUCGUUGAGUCUUGUUCCCCAGCAGUGAGGUGUAGCUUUUGGAGGCCUGUCUCUGCCUUUGUCAGUCACUCAACCUGGGCUUUCUGCUUCCUGGAUUGGUAGGUU